GUCCAACGAAUAUAUGUCUGCAAGCUAAUCUACAAUACCAACUAAUCGACUUUGGUUUCUCUCGCUUUACUACUCAAUCUUCGCGCAAGUUCGAAGCGUAUUAAAAUUCAAUACUACUUCAAAUAUUUACUCUCAGAACGGUGGUAGACGCCAUGGCCAAUAGACAGCUUAUAGACGAUCUAGGUCUAAACUGGUCGUCAGGCCAGAGAGAUGAAUUCCUUGCCAAGAUUAAGGUAGUUGAGCUACCAAAAUACAAAUCACUAUACCCAUCAACUGACCUUUUCUCCGCGGGAAUGCCCGAGGCAAGUCACCAAUGGCAGGGACAUUGGAAAGAUAGCCCACCAAGGAACCCUUGUUAUAACGAAGGAUUGCACCAGGGAAUUGCGGACUGGGACUACUUGCCCUUUCAGUAUAUCGUACCGCAUGAAGAGAGCGUUAUAUUCCGCGACAUUGAAACUAAAGAAACCGUUCUUGUAGUUCUUCGUGACUUCAUACCUGACGAAGACCUUCGAAAUAUAAUGAUGCGAGUGUGCCGGGAAAUUGUCAAGACCCGCCUGGAUGACGAGCGCGAGGAUCCAAAGUUGCGAUGCGACUUUGGCUAUACUUGUUGCUCACAACAAGAUCCUGAGAUCCGACUAGCUGCGUCUUGUAUAAAGUUGAACACGGAAGAGGAAAUCGAGCUGGAUGAUACGGCACAGGGAGUGGCUGGAAUUGUAUGGAACUUGAUGAAGUCUCGGUUCCCCCCUGAGAUCACUGACAAUAACACUAACCGCGAAAAUGGCUUCCCUCGGAUAAGCAUGACGAAGGACGGUGCAAGCUUUACGUUUAAGGCUGGUGGUGAAGACGUCGAAUUCGAGACAGGCGAGGACGGUUCAGAACAGCCCCCACUACCGGGAAUGUCAGGUGUUUAUUAUGCGCGACAUACACAUACAGAGGUGGACGGUAACUCUUGGAUUAUCGCUUGCACCGUUAAUACCCCUGACAGUACAACCGCAAAUGAUAAUUUAUAUCUAGCAUCGUAUGGCAUUAUGGUGCUCCCUACUACUAACACAGCAAGUGCAUGGCGUCCUUGGGACUACCACAGUGCGUCACUUUACAAGAAGGAGUCAGGCCCUGAAGAUCGAGCAGAGUUUGAAGUUCAUAAUGACGAGGGCUUAGACAAGGACACGGUAUUCGAAAUUUUGAAAUCGCUCAAGGCGGCUCGGAAGAGAUCUAACUGGCUUGAUGAUCGUCGUAAAUGGAAGGUAACCAAACCGACUUUGCCGAGAACUGGCUGGCCAUUUAUGAAUGUACCGGAAGCCGAAUCGCCAAAGUUACAAUCGCCGAAGCCAGAACCCGCGUCGCACCGGUAUAAAUUACGUCCUAGAAUUACGAAGCCUAGAUACUGCGUUGACUCGGAAUCAUUUACAGACUCGGAAGCAUCUGACUCCGACUCUGGCUCUGAAUUUGAAGCUGAACCAACAACCCCCAGAACCGGUUUUAAAACAAAUACUGAUAACUGUGGUGAGUGUAUUACAGUCAAAACCUCUCCCACCCCCUAA